ACACACACCUAUAUGCAAACACAAACAUAUUGAAAUCUUUGAUGGAAGCACACUCUUAACAAACUAACGCACACAUCCAACUGAUGCUAAGUAGCUAGUUUGCAGAUGGCUACUCCUCUCCCAGACCCCUGUCUGUCUAGCCCUUGUCAAAAUGGAGGUGUGUGUUUCGCCUCGACCUCCGACCCUGCGGGGUUUCGCUGCUCCUGUCCCCCCAACACCAAGGGACCGCUGUGUCACAGUCACAGACAGCUGAGACAGGUCUCCAGAACAUAUCAAAUGCUUGAGGCAUGUUGGACGCCGAGGCCAGAGAACAACUGUCAGGGGGUAAGGUCGAUUCAGCGUCGCUGGGCCUUUAAUCCCACCUCUGGCUUCUGUGAGGAGUUCCUCUAUUGUACGGGAAACAGCAGCAAUAACUUCCCUUCCCUCAGUGCCUGCAGGGAUCAGUGCAUGUUGGGAGCCUGCUGCAUCCGUAAAUCAAAGCAGGACCUUUCCAGUGGCCGCCAGGAUUACAGUCAACAUGGAUACAACAUUUCUUAUGUGGACAGCGCACUCGGAGGUUAUGAUUUGCAUAAUUUGGAGGAUGAAAUCUGGUACAGUAACAUAGACGUUAACCUUACUGAACUGGACGAUGUGAGGGAGAACGCGAGAAAAGAAGGAUCGAAGAAAGACCAAGACGGUGGACGGGUAGACUGCAAUGAGGAUCCGGAUUUUGUUUACACCUGUGAGUACAUUUCCCUGAUGCAGUGCCAGGCUUUGGUGAAGGACCUCACUGGAGAGGCCGUGAGCUUCUCCCGUGGAGGGAAGUGCUCUGAAGUGAGCUGCGGUGCGGGUUGUGGAUGCAUCUCUCAACGCCAACUCUGGAGAUACGGGGAAAGGUUCAGGCAAGGCUGUGAAGAGUGCAUAUGCACACGUGGUGGCAAAGUUGACUGCGUGUGCACAUACCUGACUCAGCGUAAAGAAAUCAGAGACCUCACGAUGAGAGAGAGGAAGUUGUACCAACGAGCGGUGAGAAAACUCCACACCAAGCCAGGUGUAUGGGAGGGAUUUGCGCUGUUGAGAGCUGAGUUCUCCCCUCAGGCAGGUGCCCAUCCUUUCUUCCUGCCCUGGCACCGCUAUUUCCUGCGGCUAGUGGAGCGUGAGCUGCAGUCAUUGUCAUCAUGCCAGCUGGCGGUCCCAUAUUUUGAGUGGACGGUGGAUUCUGGGUUGAUGCAGACCUCAGCUGCCUGGCAGGCUGGGCUGUUUGGAGGAGAUGGCGAACCAGGUUCAGGCUGUGUCUCCUAUCAUCCGUUUCAGAGCUGGACGGCCCGUUCUCGCUGGUCCCCCUGUCUGAGACGGAGUUUCAACUCCUCGGUGUGGUUGCCAGAUGCAGUGACUGUCCAGAGCAUUGUGAACCAGGGAGACUUCCUGUUGCUGUCCCAGUCUCUGCAGGCCUUCUCUGGGCUCUUUAGGCUGUGGGUCGGGGGUCAUAUGGCCUCUCCUCUGGCUGCUUACGACCCUCUGUACCUCUCACACAUGGCGUUCAUGGACAAGCUCUGGAUGCAGUGGCAAGAGAAACAUCAGCAUACGGAGGAAUUCUGGCAAAUUUAUAAAGACACACAAGCACCUAGAAACGACCAUGCUCAGAGUGACAUCCACUACCCUGCAAAGCAUAGGCAUGUGAAGAUGAAGCCUUUUGAUGUUACCCCUGAUGAUGUGAUGUUUUCACAGCAGCAGCUAUGCGUUGUAUAUGUGCCCAUAACCAUCGGUGCACCUUGCAAUGUGACGUCAUUACACACCCACACACUAAGAAGUGACUACACAGACGACUACAGCACUAUGAGAUACGGCAAGCAUGGCUUUGACAAGCAGCUCAGUGGAUUUGAUAACGAUGGCUUUGACAGCAAUGGGUUCGACCCGCAUGGAUAUGAUCGUGACGGCUACGACCAUAGUGGAUGGGAUCGGUGGGGCUACAGCAGAGAUGGCUUUAAUCGUGAUUUCAACGAUAGGGAGGGAUAUGAUGUGUCUGGUUUCAACCGUUAUGGGUUCAACCGCUCCAAUGUGAGCUGGUUUGGCAUGAGCUAUGAUGGGAUCUUAGAGAAAGAGAGGAAGAAGGAGCAUGGAGAGGAGGAGAAUGCUGAAAAGACAAAGAUGCAAAGGGAUAAGAUCAUGUCAGAGUUCUUCAGCAACAGAGGCUACAGUAUCUAUGGGUUUAAUCCGUUUGGUUUGGAUCGGGGUGGUUUCGACGCAUUUGGCUUUCGAAUGGAUGGUUACGACAAAGACAGCUGCAACUGGUUCUUCAACGGGCCUCACUACCUACGGUUCUACUUUCACACACAACAGCAGCUGAUGUCGUCCAGCACCAAAGCGCUAAACCGCAUAACGCGCACCUGCCCGCCAAUCACUUCCCUUCCCCAACACUGGGCCACACAAGACUGGAUGGCUCUUGAUCCUGAAGAAAGCCGUGCUCUGAUCAGUCGACUAGAGCAAGAAUGGGCAGGACAAAAACAGGCUCCAAGUGAUGAUUCUGCUAUGGCAGCUACUGAGAAUACCAAGGACAUAUGGCUGCCAGUCACACCCGAUCACAGGUUGUGUUUCAAGCUCUACUGGUUCAGUGGCUGUCCCCUUGGCUCUGCGCCAAUCACCUGCCCCGACCUCUGCCGCCAGGCUCGUUGCCAUGGAUACCCGGAGGCUGUUUGCCAUAUGCACAACUGUGGCUCCUGUUUCACGGAGUGGCUGGAUCCAGUCACUAGAAGUCAUGUGAUAUGCCAUGAAUGGUAACCACUGGAUUGUCCCACACAAUAUGGAGGAAUGAAGCAUUUUCCCAGGAAGUGAGAAGAAGACAGACAGUUCAGUGCAGUCACUCUGUGUUGACGCAAGAGUCACAGGAAGCACCUCAUGGACAAGGAUGAGACUUUACAGGAAUGAGACUAUUUGACUCAAACGAAAUAAACAUUUAUGCAUUGCCAAUUUAUAAUAGCACAGCACGCUAUAUGUUUGGAUUCACAUACCUCAUUGCAAAUGGGUUUACUGGCACUUUCAUAUUUGAUAUUAAUUCUGCCUGCUUCAUGUUACGGCCGAACAAACGUGGUAAACAAAAAAAAGUUAUAUUCUGGUUAUUUUGACAGAUAAUGCAAUCGCAAUAUGAUUUACGAUUUUAUUGGGAAUGAUCGUUUUUGCAUCUUUUUGUGCAUCUGGAGAAUAGGCAUAGCAUCUCUGCAGCAAUGCAAUACUUCAUUUAAAAUGCUAUUUUGCCACACUUUACCUGUAUCAAAAGAUUGCAGUUUCUGCAAUUUGAAUAUUGCACUUGGUCAUACUACAGUUUCAGUAAUAUUUCGAUUGAUUAAUUGUUAAGCCCUACGUUUCUCUGUAUUGUACAGUUGUUGUACAAAAUGACUCUAAUUGAUGUCUGUGCUAAAGGAAGUAGCUCUUUCCCAUGUGCUGCAGGAGAGGGAUUUUGGUGUUGGAGUGGCCUCAUUAUGGACUCUGUCCCUCUUUCUUUCCCCCAGACACCCACUUGCAAACAUUAUGUAAAAUGGGUUCUGUCCUGUUUAGUGUACAAAUUGUACAAAAGUACAUAAUAUAGACAGAAAGUGUGCCCACACGGCCCACUGUCCCUCUCUGUGAGUUAUUUCUCAACAUCUUCUUUGUCCCGCCUCUUUGGCUUUUGUUGCUGUCUCUGUCUUCACUUCUCAUCCUUCCUCUGCUUAAUUGUUUCUGCGUGUUCCCUACUAAGACUCCAGCGGCACCCAGUUGAUACACACUCUCAGACACACACUCUCACACACACUUUGAUCUUAUGCAUGCUUGGUUGGCUAGAGGAAAUGCCUGUUGGCUGGUGGCACAGUAGGCAGCCUCGCUAGCCUCUCUCGCUCUGUGAUUAUUCCCCUCUCUCACACACAAACACAUUGUUUCUGUCCUUUGGUUAGUCUUCAUUAAAGUGAUUAUACGCUGAAAUGACCAAGCUAAGCAAAAAUAAUAACUGAUGAGCCCACUGAAAGCCUUUUAAAAGUUUUUGAGCGAC